AUGGCUCCUGCAGCGAACGUCCAUUCUGCAGACUUCUAUGAAGUUCUCGGUGUGCCACGGGAUGCCACCGAUGCAGACAUCACCAAGGCAUACCGGAAGCUGGCUCUGAAGCACCAUCCGGAUAGGAAUGCAGACAGGAUGGAACAAGCAAAGGAUGAAUUCCAACGAAUCGGUGAGGCCUACGAAGUGCUGCAUGACCCGGAAAAGAGGAAGAUGUAUGACCAGUACGGCAAGGAUGGUCCGGGCAACCUGGGAACUCCGGGCUUCUACGCUCCAGGAAGCGAAGCUGGCAUGACACCGGAGCAGGCACAACAACUCUUCGAGAGCAUAUUUGGCGGCCGAGCUUCGCCACAGGGCUCCUACAUGUUUGCCGGGAGUGGCAUGGAUGGCAUGGGAAUGACUGGCAUGAACAUGUCAGGGAUGGGCGGCAUCGACAUGUCGGAUAUUUUCAUGUCUAUGGGCAUGCCAGGAGGUGCAACAAGCUCACGUUCGAGGCGCCGUCCUCAUGAACAGUGCACCAUCCCUUCCGGACAUCAGGUAGUCGUCCAUGGCUUGUCAAACUCUGCGGCACACAACGGGAAGAGCGGUAAGGUCCGAGGCUUUGAGCAGCAACGUGGCCGUUACCAGGUCCAGCUGGAUGAUGGUUCCAAUCUAUCGGUUCGCCCGGAGAAUCUGACGCAGCUUUGCACCGUAUCCGUUCAUGGGCUGACCAGUAAGCCGGAGCUCAACGGCAGUUCUGGUCGAAUCGUGGGCAUGGACAGCACUAGCGGAAGGUACGUUGUGAUCGUGCAGGCUGCAGCUCCGACUGUCGUACGCCUCCAGCCUUCCAACUGCAUCCUGGAUCCCGGCGUUUGCGUGCGCCUCCGCAACCUCAGCCGAGAGGAACUCAAUGGCCAGAGAGCGCAGGUCCUGGAUGUUGAUCACUCCGCCGGCCGUUACGAGGUCCAGCUGCCCGAGGGUAGACAGAUCCGAGUGAAGUUUGAGAAUGUGGUGUGCUGA